AUGCCGUCAAGGUACCCGCCAGUCUCCUCAGAUAUGCUGCACCACCCUGAAACCCUUCUCGGUGAGGAGGAUCGCAGCCCAGCCCACCUCGCCAGGACCAGAUACUAUGACUCGGACGACAGCGCCUUGAACAGGACCGGAGACUACCGCAGCAGCCGGCGCAGCUACAGCACCUGCUGCAGCAAGGGAAGAAGCGUCAGAGGCGGCAUUGACCUCGAGCCAUGGUCCAGCAGGAGGUCUCACUCUGGUUCGUCCCUGGAAUCACACGGCCACAGGCGCUGGAGCAGACGCGGCGUUUCAGCGGCCAGGACUUGCACAUGCAAGAAGCCGCUACCAGCACCGGACUACAUCGUCUUCUGCCCAGAUCCACCCUUCGACCGGGAUGCAGAGAGCGAGGAGGACGAGGAAGACGACGACGAAGAGGAGCAAGGGGCUGGGCAUGGGGUGGCUUAUCCGGACAACAGCACGGCCACCAGCCCAGAGUCCUUUGUGACGCCCGACGAAGAUGACUCGAUAGAGCCACGGGAAGGAGGGCAGAGGGAUCAAUCGGGAGAGCUGGGGGACCAAUGGGACGAAGACAGUGAAGCAACUCGUCAUCAAGCCAAGGGUAAGGCAUCCAGAGAGGUGGCGGGGCAUGGAUGGCCCGAGCAGCAGAGACUGACAACUGUCGCAGUGAUGAGUGCCCUGGAGCACAUCAGAUGGUCUAGGGAGCACCGUGCAGAGCCGGGCUACCGACCGCACAAAGACCGGACUCGUCGGUCACCCAGAGACGAGUAG